AUGGCACCAUCAAGAGAAGAUGAUGUUUAUCAAGCAAAAUUAGCCGAACAGGCUGAACGCUAUGAGGAAAUGGUUGAUUCAAUGAAAAAGGUUGCUGCAGCUGAUGUUGAACUCAGCGUCGAAGAAAGAAAUUUAUUAUCAGUUGCAUAUAAAAACUUGAUUGGUGCACGACGUGCGAGUUGGCGAAUAAUAACAAAUAUUGAAAGUAAAGAAGAAAGCAAGUCAGAAAAUGAUAAAAUGGCACUUAUUAAAAAAUACAGAUCACAGGUUGAAAAGGAGUUGCGUGAUAUCUGUCAAGAUAUACUUGAUUUACUUGAUAAACAUCUUUUACCAAAUGCAACAACUGGUGAAUCAAAAGUUUUCUAUUUGAAAAUGUAA